GUGCAGGAGCUGCUCGAGAAGAACGAGACGAUCCCCAAGUGGAUGGACGACAUGGUCGCUCGGAGCACCAAGCAGGGCCAGAUGAAGUGGGCCGCCAAGGAGGCCAAGCGCUUGAAGCACGAGAAGAAGGACGUGCCGGAGUGGAUGGCCGCACUGGAGGAGGAGGACGACAAGUGGGCGAACCGCUGGGCCGCGUGCAAGGUGUCGGAGCUGCAGUUCGCGGGCGCCGAUCCGCCCGACUGGAUGAGGGAGAACGGCAGGAAGGCCGUGUACGCGGCUGCGAUGGAGAAGCUGGCAGAGAUCCAGGAGCAGAUAGACGAGCUGGAGGCCCUGAAGGAGAAGGAGGUCGCCCUGGUGCAAGCCCGCGGUGACAUCAAGCUGGCGGAGAGGCGCCAGCUAGUGUCGCACCGCCCGACGGCCGCGACGCCGCGUGCUCCAUCGAAGGUGGAGGCUACCAACUCAACGAAGGCGCUGCCCGUUUCCUCGAGAUCGCAUGUGUCCUCCAACUCGAACAAGGUGCUGGACCUGUCGAAGAAGAAACGGGACGUCAUGAGCAUGAUCAGCCAGGCCGCCGUCGACGUCGAGGGCGACGACCGCAGGGUUGCCUAG